AUGUCGACAAACGAAAGCAUGAUGCCCGGAGGAAGUGACUGUCUGAUCAAGUUCGGAUCUCGGGCAGACUACAACCGCUUCGUCGGCCAACUUCGCUCCCAACUCCGCUCGUAUCUCAUCAGCUCAUGUCAGGAAAACAACAUCGAAAUCGGCAGCCCAGACUUUCUAACGCUCGAAUCCAUCCUCAUGGAUGUCUUCAUCAAAUAUACGCUUGAAUUUAUCAGAGACAACUUGCUCGUCGACAGCCGUCCUCUCACACCCCCACCAGAAUUUGCUGACUCAUCUCGACCGGUCAAUGGGGAUGGCUCCGGGGAGCAGCAGACCAGCCAUCAUAGCCAGCCGAGUAGCAGUCGAAACAACAAGGAGCCCAUCAAACCCACAUUGACGAGGCCAUGCGAUACGGCCUUGAACGAACGAGUGAUCCGACAGCAGUACGCCCUCUACGACGCUGCAGUCGAGAACACCCGCAAGCGGAAAGACCUUCCAGGACACAUCAUCCAACGCCUCGAGACCGCUGCCCAACAAUCCUCCGAACACUUGCAUUCCCAAACCGAAGAAAUCAACCAGCUUGAAGCUAACCGAGCCGAACAACUGACCACUGACCCUCGCCAGAGGUGGGACAUCCUGAAUGCUGAGCCACCCAACAUUCAAGAAACCCAAGCAAAUUUCACCGGGGCUAACCAAACAAUAUGCGAACUGAUUCAAUCUCUCCCUCAGCUGAUCGAAACUACCUCUCGAGCUAUCAACUUACACGAGGAGGUAGCAAACACAUUGAAAACCACCUAA